AUGCUUCAUAAGGUGACAGACAAGUCAGCGUCACCGAAAUCACAAAAGAAAGGUGUCUGCAUCAGUCCAAAGAAUUAUAAAUGUGGCGACACUUUGGCCUUUAAUAAUGUUCACUGGUGGUAUGAUUGGAACCUUUAUGGAAACUACCACAAAAACAAACAUUGUAGCAACAAGCAGGGACAAGGUAGGAUUCCAAUGAUCUGGACAUGGAGCCAUAGAAAAAACAAGCUGAGGUUUUUAUCAAACUCUGACAAAAUAAUUUUGGGAUUUAAUGAACCAAAUUUUGUUGAACAGGCAAAUUUAUUACCAGAAGAGGCUGCAGACUUGUGGAUGGAGAUACAAGAAAAACUCCCUGAUGUGCAACUUGUAAGCCCCUCAGCAUCAACAUGUGUGGGGUCUAUAGAUAAGUGCAAUUCAGGGGCUGUGAAAUGGUUUGAUAGAUUUUUCAAAGCUUGUAAAAAUUGUGAAAUUAAAUACCUAGCCACGCAUGCUUACUGGUGUGACCCAAAUAUGACUAUGAAGUAUUUAGAGGCACUCUGGAGGAGAUACAAAAAACAAAUAUGGCUGACUGAAUUUGCGUGUCCAUUUAAGAACACAACUGAGGGCCAAUUAGAGUUCAUGAAAGCUAUCUUGCCUUUGUUUGAGAGGGCUGAGUAUGUGUAUCGCUAUGCAUGGUAUAGUAGUAGGGUGCCUCCUCAUGGCUGGAUACCUAGAGAGGCCAGUCUACUAAGAUAUAAUGACUCUACUCUUACCCCACUAGGCAUAUUUUAUAACAAGUUCUAAUAUUUUAAGUUGAGUUACAGGGUGAAUCAAAAAGAAUUAACCUAAUAUACAUGUACCAGGUCCAUCAAUAAGUUCCGAGAAAAAUCCUCUAAAAUCAAGAGUUUUGUGAUUUUUAGUUUGAAAUUUUCACAGAAUAUGUAAAAUGAAUUCAACAAUUAGUGUAACGAGCACUUUCCUCUUAUUGGACUAAAAAUAUGGUUACUAUGGUGACUCGUGUUUUGGGUAGGCGGG